CACCCGGCCGCAGAGGGGGGCUGUUAAAAGCUUGGGGGCUUCAUCUUCUUACGCUUGCCCAGCUUCAUUUCGGCCUUUCUCUCCAGCCUGACCCUACGUCGCGGCUGAGUUAGACCCGGCGACGCAGGGCGGGACGCCGCUCCGCUUUGUGACCCUUCCCUCCCCCUGCCCCGGCUGCCCGGUGGGCCCCCGAGCUGGCGGGGGGAGGCCCGUCUCCGUCCCCCAGGGGCGUCCGGCUGCACGGGCACCAGCACAGCGCUGUAAGAGGGCUCAACCUCAGAGGUUUAAACUGCUUGGAGUGCCGGCUGCCGCAAGGUUUAGGAGGCCAGUAACAAACUGGGAAGGACGCUUUCUCUUUUAUUCCCAUCUCCCCUCAUGCCGGAACAAGUCAGUCUUUCCGAGCACUGUCUAAAGGCAGUUUAGAUAGGUGGUGUAUCUACCCUGAGUUAUGCCUUUAAGAUGAAUACUUCAUUAUUUUCUCUUGCAAACCCAUGACCCACCAUAUGGCUUUAUCUGCAAGUCCCUUUCUCAAUAGAUCUCAUAGCAUGCCCAAGCUUUCCUUGCCUGAAGAGGUGCUUGUAUGGAGGCUCCUCCGGAGCCUUUCAGUCUGUCCCUGUCAUUGCAGCAAAAUAAGGCAUAGCUGGACCCAGAGGAGCUGUUGCAAAGUUUGUCUGGCUUAAUGAUUAACACCUCCUGAUGCUGCGGGAGCGUUAGGGCAGAGAGACCUCUGGACUCGUGAGCUCUCCCCAAAGAGGAGCCAGCCGCCGGCCUUGCACCGAAACGCAUCCUUUUACGGGCGAGAGGAUUAGCUGGCAGGUUGGAGUGCGCGGGCUGCCGACGUCGGCCGAGCGCGCAGAGCCCAGCGGCCGAGCCGGGCGCCAGCCCGCGGCAGCAUGUCCCUCCGCGAGCACGCGCUGGCCCUCUUCCGCAGCGCCGUGGGCACGGUCCGGCCGGCCCCGAUGCUGAGGAGGGCUGUGACGCUCCAGACGGACGGGCGCCCUCGGCUGCUGGUGAAGGGCCGGACCUUUCCGGUGAAGGGGAACCUGUACCUGGUGGGCUUCGGCAAAGCUGUGCUGGGCAUGGCUGCGGCGGCGGAAGAGAUCCUGGGCGAGCAUCUUGCGCGGGGCAUCGUCAGCGUGCCGCUGGGCAUCCAGAAGAGUCUGCAGCGAGCUGGAAUGCAGGACAUGCUGCUGAGGCCGCGUAGCAGGAUCGAGGUCAUCGAAGGCGCGAAGAACAACCUGCCCGACCAAGAAGCUCUGCAGGCAGCUGGCGCCAUCCGGGAGCUGGCCGAGGGCCUGACCGCCGACGACCUGCUCCUUGUGCUCAUCUCAGGAGGUGGCUCAGCCCUGCUGCCUGCUCCUACCCCUCCGGUCCUUCUCGAGGAGAAAGAGAAGCUCACGAAGAUGCUGGCUUCCAGAGGAGCUGCCAUACAGGAGCUGAACACUGUCCGCAAGGCCCUGUCCUUGCUGAAGGGUGGAGGGCUGGCCCGGCUCGCGUAUCCCGCACAGGUGGUGAGCCUCAUCCUUUCUGAUGUGAUUGGUGACCCCCUGGACAUUAUAGCAAGCGGGCCCACCGCAGCCAGCUCCCACAGCGUCCAAGACUGCCUUCAGAUACUGGAGAAAUACAAGCUGCUGACCAGCCUGCCUAAGUCGGUGGAAACAGUACUGUCCAGCUCUCCUGCAAACACUGCCGCUCCAGAAGAUUAUUCCCAUGUCUUCAACGUUAUAAUUGGGUCAAACACUCUGGCUUUAGAUGAGGCCAAAUGCCAGGCAGAAGACCUGGGCUACGCGACUCUGGUCCUGAGCGCAGCAAUCUGCGGGGAAGUCAGCCGCGUGUCCGCACUCUACUGUCAGCUGAUCCAGCUGGUCUGCCUGGCCUUCGCCGGCCUUGGAGACGGGCCUCUGAGCAACAAGGUGAGGGUGAAGCUCCUUCAGCUAGCAGCGGAGCUGAAGAUCCCUGGUUUGAACCCUGCCGAGACUCUGCAGGCCCUGAAAGGAUUAGGGUCUGACAGACCAGUUUGCAUCCUGGCCGGCGGAGAAACCACAGUCCGGCUUCAAGGAAGCGGGAAGGGAGGAAGGAACCAGGAGCUGGCUCUGCGAGUGGGGCUGGAGCUGCACAGAGCAGGGGCCACCGAGGCCGGCAGCCCCCUGGGCAGCUGCGAGAUCGUCUUCCUCAGCGGGGGGACGGACGGGCAGGACGGGCCGACGGCGGCGGCGGGGGCCUUCUCCGGCCCAGAGCUGGUGGAUGAGGCACGCCAGGAGGGUCUCGAUGCAGAGGUGUUCCUCAGCAAUAAUGACUCCUACACAUUCUUCAGCCAGGUCCAGCAUGGACAUCACCUUCUGGUGACAGGCUUAACGGGAACCAACGUGAUGGACAUCCAGGCUAUUUUAAUUAGAGCCAAGGAGAGAGCGUGAGAGCUCCCUCCGCAGAUAUCCAGGACCAGGGGCAAAUGAGGAUAUUAACACUGGAGACAAAUGUAAACUGCUUAAAUUAGGGCUAGCUGUUGAGGGCGCUAAUAACUUUGACAGGACUGCACUAAUUAGACACACGAGAGGCUGUCCACAGCAAAAGCAUCAGGAACAAACACUUUUCACUGGGAUCAAAGAAAGGUAAGCAGAGCACCACAUUAGGGACACGAGAGCCACGCUCACACCUCUCUACUAAGAGCCACCACUGCUGUGACAGCUUCUGCUCAGGCUAAAGGGCACAAGAAAAGCAAGGCCACAGCAGCAGCUGCAUCUCCAGCGACCCCAGCUCAAGAGCAGCUCAUGUGGGCGCUUCUGCAGGCUCACAGAGGUGCGUUACGGUGACCAGAGGACAUCAUGGGCCACGCACAGCCCCCGAGCCUGGCGUGGUGCAGCCCCAGCAGCGUGCUGCAGAGCACUUUAGCCGAGAGCAGCAGCGUGUGAUCUCAGCUGCGCGACGCAAAUGCCAGAGGGCAGCGCAUCCUCCCCGUGCGGCGUGAAGAAGGGGGUGAUUCAGGCGCAACGGUGCACGGAGCCGGCUGAACGGGAGCCCUCCUCCUCCGCUCUGCAGCCUCCUCGUCUCCGCAGGGACGUUUUCCCAGCUGCUCCUUCUUGGGAGAGCCCCUGUGCCAGCAGCGCAUAUGCGACGGGCAUUCAUGGUAUUGUUUUCCAACUAGUCAGAAGACAAGCGUGCAUCCAGCCCGAGCCCGUGACCUUUCCUCCGCACCGAGGCAGAAGUCGCUGUCGCUCUGAUUACCUCGGCUACUCCUGCACAACAAAGGCAAGGGAACGGUCCCGCUCAGCUCCCCGACCCGCGCUGCCGCGCUGCUCAGAGGGCAAGGCUGCAGGAGCUUGCUUUGUCACGGAGCCGCUCCCCCGGCAUACGGCACUGCAGCGACUGCCGUUUCGUCACCUACUGCAGUGCUAGAUGUGGGAGAGCAAAGCUGAGCCAGGUUUCCCAGGACGCACAGCCCACGGCUGGGCUGCGUUAUGGAAGGGCUAUGCCUGUAGCAACAUGCACAGCAACAGUUUUGGCUAGAUAUUCAAAGGACUUGGGCUCAGCAGCCAGUGUGACCCAACACAUUCAAGUCUGUUUGAAAAUCUGCCUGUGUAUCACAGAGCCUAAGCGGGAACAGAGCUCUUUUGAAAAAUCCAGCCCUAAUUUAACAGGACACGCUAGACUCAGACUGUUUCCAGACAGACAGAACUCCUUCAUGUGACUGAUCUAAUCCCGUGACACAAACACAGCAUCCUGCCAACGCCGUGAGUAGCGGUGUCGCUGAGCAGUUGUGCUGCGCGCAGUUCCAGGAUGGGUUGGAGGGUGGGUUUCUGAGGAGGAUGCAACACCUUCUGCUUUGGUUUUUAAGCCAGCAUCUAACAAGUAGGGCUGGCAGCAGGACUGCCACGGGGGCCACCUCCUUCCUCUGGGUACGGGCACCAGGCUGGCUGCUGGACUGAGCAGAGCACAGCCCGAGCCACCAGCAGCCUCUGCCCCCAGCCGAGGCGUUUCAAAACCUCAAAACCUAAAAACAUCCCUGCUUGUCAUUUGUUCUCAGAGUCUGAACGGCUUCUGUAACGUGCCUAGACUUGCUCACGCUGGCAAACUGCAUUGAGACCUGCCAGAAGAGACCUGCCAAGUGUCAUAAAAACUCACUGUGCCGCUGCAGCGGCAGGUGAUGAUGGUGCAGAAGCUGCUGCCUUGUGUCGCGCGUUUUCUCUGGAGGUCGCCAGCAGGUUGUAGAGCAUUUGGCUUUUGCCACGUGCCCGGCGCGCCAGUGCUGUGGGGGCACAGAUGCGUGUGCUAACGCAGGGGAAGGAAUCCAGGAGACAGCCAAAAUGUUUGGUGGGGGGCCAGGAUGACUGGCUAAACCUGGCCACAUCGUGUUGUCCAGGCUUCCUGGCUAAUUCUGCUCCCGUGACAAUCCGGAGUGGCUCUGGCUUUGCACCAAGUUGACUGGCCAAAGGGGAGGUGGCGGUCCUUGGCGACUGUAGGCGUCCGGCCACAGCCACCGCGCUGCUGCCCUCUCCCAUCUCCCGGUUCGGGGUGGGAACGCUGCACUGGGAGGCGAGAGCCCAGGGCCUGACUCCCUGGGGAAACAGGCCAGGAGCAGCAUCACCAGCACCGCCGGAGCUGCUGUCUGCACCCUCCUCGGCUGCCCUCCGCACCCCGCCGCUGCGCCCGCAGCCUUGCAAAGCUGCCGAGUGCCGUGUUAGUCCUUGGGGCCAGCGCUGGCGCCGUGUCGCAGUCACGUUCAGAAGACCUUGGGCGAGCGUUUGCUGGCUCCUCGGGGGAAAUGCCUGCGCUGUUAAUACUCGUGUAUCCUGAGCAGUGUCCUUGCUUUCUAAACAGUGGCUUUUCACUAAUGAUUAAAAGGAGCUUGUGUUGUGGGGAGAGGAGGCUGAUGAAAGGCCCGUUGAAAGGAUGGAGCUGCUUGAAGCGCGUUUCACAUCUACGUUCGCUCGGCCUCCAUGCGUGGUUUUGUUCUUGGCCCUUCUUUUCUAACGAGGAGGUAACAGGAGAGUGGGGGUGUUGGCCAAGGACACCCGGGUUACCAAAAUACUUUUCCUCUUCUGAUGCUUCUAUUGGGAUAGAUCCAAGCUUCGUCUCUGCCUAAUUGCUUUGAUGAACCACGUGCGCCUUCCACCGAGGGAGGAAAGGUGCUCCUGCAGGAGGCAGCUCUGAGGAGGGCGCGCAGCCCCGCAAACACGGCACCGGUUAUUCCUCCGGGUGAGGCUCAGCUCACGGCACGUUACGGCUCCAGGCUCGGCCAGCGCCUCCCGCUUGCACUCCGGACAGCCGGAGACCCCCGGCAUCAGCCAGCGCAAGCCCGGGCUGCUCCGAUGGCGUUUUGCGAGGAUUUCUUUGCGCCCAAACGUCACUUACCUGCCGCGGACCGAUUCGCCCCGGCUCGUCGCAGCCCGUCAGGAGCGACUCGAACGCGCGGGGACGUCCCCGCUCCGCCCGAAACGCGAAGGCGAAGCCCUCUGCGCGGCAGCGCGCCUCGGGGCGGCAGGGAGCGCGACGGCGUGCGGGACGGGGCGCCUGGGCCGCGGGGCACCCGCAGCCAGCGGGGCGCUGUGGGGCCCGCUCGGUCCCCCGAGCGCAGCGCUUGCGGCCCGCCAGCGCUAACGGCCGGAGGAAGUAACUACGCUAUUAACAGUGGAAGCUUUUGGCAGUAAAUUAAAAAUCUUGGCUGCUG